AUUUUUUCAUGGCUGUCUCGAGGUUUUUAUCCCCUGAAAACACUAAAACUCAGUUUAUAACAAAGUUAUGAAACUGGCUGCUCUGCUCCCUAAAAAGCUCUCGGAAACUUAAUUUGAGCAAUCAAAGGAAGAACUCCAUGUAGGGAUUUUUAUUAUUAUCAGUACUGAACUCCAGAUUUACUGACAUACAGUGGUUUGCCUUGGCCUGGCCGGAUGUUUAUCAGGAGAAUAAAAUCCAGGAGUAAGAGGGUUGAAUUAAAUUAAUGCUCUUCUUUCCUUCUGCUGUAACUCCCAAGAUACAAAGCAGCGAUAAAUGAGUUGAAGGUUAAACAUCUGUCCUUCUGAAGAACUAUAUAUCUGAAUUAAUACAAUUUCAUUGCUCAGUUGUAGAGAGUAGAACUGAAAUUUUCAAGCUGAUGAGUGCAGUGAUUUGAGAAAUAACUUGGAAAACAAGAUUUCAAAGGACCCUUUCAGAAAUGACGUAUUCAUUUUAGACAUAAAAGCCUCCUUUCUUCUUCCUUCUUAUUUAAGCUUUUAAGUUGGUUCAUAUGAAGUACCUCCUCUUCUCAAAGUUUAUUAAAAUGCUGAACCCAGACUCUCUGGUCUGCCCAAAUUCUAUGCAUUUAAAGCUGGGUCUGCUUUUUAUUUCCCUCAGUCUAAAUAGUCAGGUCCUAUCUGGGGGAGGGGGGAAAGAUGUUCUGGAUAUUAUUGUCAUUAUUAUUGCAAUGACUACUCAGUUUUAUCCUAUACUAAUAUAUAUUAAGAUAUGGACAUUAAAAGGCUGAAAGCCUGCUGCUUUUGUUCUGUACUUUACUUUCUAUAUAUUUUCCAUUUUUUUCUAAAUAUUAAGAGAAGGAGGUGGAAGCUUUGACAUUUUCCUUGAUCUUGCUUUAAUUCAGGUUGGAAUUCUGAAAGUCAGGGAGAAGACCAGUUGACAAAGUGUUUCCACAUGUCUGAAAGGGCCAGGAAAUGUCACAAAGGCUGUUCCUGUUUCACAGACACGACCCAGGCUGCAAAGCCAUGGCCUGAGCUCAGCUCCAACACUGAGAUCCCUGACUUCUGGUGACCUGGAGUGGGCUGUGCUCGUGGUAUUUUAAAGGAUUUUCCUCUAUUUAAAAUACUGAUUUCAGAAGGAGCUUCUCCAACUGAGCUCCCAAGAGCGGGUCUAGGUUUGAAAUACAUAAAAACCAUUAAUCUCUGAUUUUAAAGAAAGCACCGAUCCCGGUGCUCUGUCCUGCAAAAACCCCCUUGGAGCCAGAAAAUCCGUGGAUGGAGAACGCUGCAGGAAACAGGUGCGGAGCAGCUUCCCGGCCACCAGGAAACGGGCUGGGGGGGUCGGGAACAUUUGAAGCGGAGCCCCCGUGCUCUGUGCCCGCUCCCGGAGCGCUUUCCCGAGGGCAGCCGCGCAUCCUCAGCCCGGGGAGGAUGCGCCCCUGGCCGGGUCUGGCUCUGCCUGCGGGGGCGGCUCCCCACGGCCUGGGGGGAGUGUGGGACAGGUAUAAAAGCGGGCGGGGGAACACGCGGAGGGAUGAAGAGUUCGGAGCGGGGAAGGAGGGAGGGAAAGCAGCGGGCGGAGCGGAGAGAGGAGGCGCAUCCCGAGCCCGGGCGGUGCCGCUUCCCGAGCGCAGGGGCUGAGCCGAGCCCGCUGGCCCGGAGCCCGAGGAGGGGAGGGAAGGAGGGAAGGAGGAGGUGCCGGUGCCGGCUCCCUGCCGUCCCCUCGGGCCGCGGAUUUGGGGCGAUGCUCGCGGCCGCGGCGCUGUGCGCGGCCGCGCUGGGCUGCGCGGCGGGGGCGCGGCUGCUCAGCGCAGUGGACAUAUCCCUCAGAAGAGGACAGACAGUUUGCCGCCGCGGGACGCAGAAACCCUGCUACAAAAUCGUGUAUUUCCACGAUGCCUCCCGCAGAACCAGCUACGAGGAGGCUCAGCUGGCCUGCCAGGCUGACGGGGGACACCUGGUGAGCAUCGAGAGUGCAGCAGAGCAGAGACUCAUCGAAACCUUCGUCAGGAGCCUCCUGGCUUCCGAUGGGGAUUUCUGGAUAGGGCUCCGGAGGAAAAAGGAGGAGGAGGAGGAGAACAAUAGUACAGAGUGCCAGAACUUCUACUCCUGGUCGGAUGGCAGCUCAGCCAAGUUCAGGAACUGGUACGUGGAUGAGCCAUCCUGUGGGGGUGAGAUCUGCGUUGUGAUGUACCACCAGCCAUCUGCCCCGCCAGGUGUCGGGGGGCCUUACAUGUUUCAGUGGAACGACGACAGAUGCAACAUGAAAAAUAACUUCAUUUGCAAAUAUUCCCUCGAGAAGCCAACAAAUGCUCCAAUAGAGAAUCCUCAGAGAGAUGUUGCCACGGAGCCCUCGAGCCCAGUGCUGCCAGGAGAACCCCGGAGGAGAGGUGUUAAUGUGACAGCUGUGGGAGCCAGAGAACCUGUUCAGAGUCUUGCCUACAUCCUUAUUCCCAGCAUUCCUGUGCUGCUGCUCCUGGUGGUCAUUACAGGCAUCUCCUGUUUUUGGCUUUUUGUGAAGAGGAGGGAGGAGCAGAUGGACAGGAGCCCCAAGGAGGAGGAUGCCUGGCUGUCCAACAGCCCCAGCCUGGACAUCUACAAAGUCAUCAACAAGCAGUCGGAGGCAGACCUGGCUGGGACCAGGCCUGGCACCAAGAAUUCCUCCUUCCGGGCCCGGGAGCACUGGGAGCUGGGCAGGGCCGGGCAGGAGGCAGCGCCCAAACCCCCCAGCAGCGGCUUUGGGACCGAGAGUGGCUUUGUCACCAACGACAUCUACGAGCUCUGUGGGGACCGUGUGGGCAGGAGCCAGGAGUCCACCUGGGUGGACAAUGAGAUUUAUGGAUAUUGAGCAAAUGGACAGAAAAAAAGCCCCCUGGAACUCAGAUGACAAAGUGGGUGCUGAUACGAGUUUACCUCCCUGUCUAUGCACUUGUUUAAUAACAGUUACACGUGGUGUUCAUCCUGGGUUUGCAUUGUCCCCAUAUUCUUCCCUUUUUUUUUUUUUUUUUGAAAGAAUGUGGGUUUUUAACGAUCCAGACUGAAAAGAAUGUGUAUAUUUUGCUUUGCAUCAAGCCCCCUUUGCCCUGGGAGCGGCUUGUUAAUAACCUUGAUUCACUUUUUUGUACCAAAGAUAUGCCUUGAAAAACUAGAGGACAAUCCCAAAUCCUUAUUUAUUUAACUGACCCAGUUGUCUUAAAGGUGCUAAAAGUUGCCUGUCAGGUGUGAUGGAGCCCUGCUUUCCUGGACAUGAGGAGUGGGGAAUGAAUGCCUUGGUGUGCUUUGCUUGUGUGUGCAACUUUUACUUUACCUAUUAAACUGCCUUUGUCUCAAACCACGAAA